CUGGGGCCCGAGGGCCGAGGUGGGGCGGCGGCGGCCCCUGCGGCCGCCCGCAGCGGCCCAGGGGCCCCGGCGUGGCGCGGCAGGCCCCGGGGCACCUCGGGCAGGGCCCCCCUCGCAGGCCUAUAGAGGCCUCCAACUGCCGCCCGCGCCAUGCAGCCCGGGCUGUUUCGGCAGCGGCUGCUGGAGCUCGCCGCGGAGUACGAGGGCCUGCACGCAGGCUGCCUCAGCGCCCGCAGCGAGCAGCCGCCGGGCGAGUUCGACGGACUGCACCGCCUCCUGCGCGACCGCGUGACACCCCUCGCGCCGGACCCGAUCCCCAAGGCGCUGGAGGCACCGGCCGAGCCCACCAACGGCGCUGCGCCGGGCGGCCCCGGCGGCAGCGGCGGGAGCGCCGGGAGCUCAGGCAGCCGCGCGAGCAGCACGGUGCCCGAGGCGCAGGAGGCUCCGGGGGCGGCUGCCGCGGACCUGGCCGGCGGCGGUGCGCCGACCGACCCCGGCGGCAGUGGCGCGGGCGGCCGGCAAUCGGACAGGAGCGUGCUGAACCUGGUGCUGGACCGGCCUCCCUCCUGCGGGAGCGAGUGCAGCCCCGAGGGGCGCUGGACUCCGGGCUGGUCUCCAACGGCCGCCUCCAGAGGAGAGACGGCCGCCUCCGGGGGAGAGCGGAGCGGUGAUGGGGCCAGGCGGGGCGAUUCGUCGGGGUUCGAGGUUGAGCUCAGCAGAGCGGUGAGCUCCAUUAGGAGAUCAAAUCGAGCCAGGACGUCAGCCUCGGAGAGGACCAGGCUGCAGGCUACGAGCGCCGUCACCCGGUUCGUGAUGAGCCCGGCGUUUACUUUGGCCCUUGGUCUCCUGAUUAUCAGCAGCGCACUGCUUGUCGGUAUUGAGACCCAGGUUUUUUCGAGUCUAUCCUACCAAGCGUCCGACUCGACUGAGGUGAGAAUAGUUUUCUCUACGUUGAAUUACGUGGUAACUUUCCUGUUCACGGUGGAGAUGGCGGCACGACUUUACGUGUAUAGGCAUGAUUUCUUCUUCACCGAACGGUGGUGGAACCUCUUUGACCUUGCCAUCCUUCUGCUGGCGCUCUGCGAGGUUGCUCUAGAGCUCGCCGUGUCCUGGUUUCCAGGAUUGGCUAACAGCGUCUUCGACAAUGGUGGAGCAGCGAAGAUGAUGCGCCUCAUUCGCCUCACUCGGCUCCUUCGCCUUGUCCGCACGUUCCGCCAGUUGAAGCCUCUGCGGAUGUUGGUGCGUUCUAUAAUGGCCGCUGGGAAGUCUGUUUUUUGGGCACUCCUGUUGCUCAUCAUGAUCAUGUUUACCUUUGGAGUAAUUUUGACGCAGGCUGUGACAGAGCAUACUGCAGGUGGCACGCGAAUCGAGGACGAGAGUCUGAUCCAGUUCUACGGAGAUCUCUAUCGGACAAUUGUGAGCCUUUGGAUGGCUGUCUCCGGGGGUAUCAGUUGGAUUGAGCUCACCAUGCCGUUGGAAAGGACUGGAAACAGUAUCUGGACGCUAAUGUUUCUGGUAUACAUACUCAUUGUAUAUUUCUUCAUACUCAACGUAUCCAUGACAGGCGUGUUUUGUCAGAAUGCGAUCGAAGGGGCUGCACAAGAUUUGGAUCUUACCCUCGAAGCUCAGGUCAGGGAGAAGCAGGUGCACGUUGAGCGCCUGGCAUUGCUGUUCCAUGAGCUGAACGAUGACACCGAAGAUAGGGACAUGGAGCUAUCACUGGACGAGCUCCAGGUUCUGCUUGGCAAGCAAAAAGUGCAAUCCUGGUUCCGAUCGCUAGACAUUGACGCAACGCAGACGUGGAAACUAUUCAAGAUCAUCGACGCGGAUGACUCAGGCACUGUCUCCCUCGAAGAGUUCGUUGGAGGGUGUUUGCAGCUGAGGGGGCCGGCUACGCGCGUCGACGUGGAGUCGUUGAAGUGGGAGAUUAGGCACGCAGAGCAGGAGCGGACCAAAUUGUUGAGCAAGUCCAUGACCAGCGAGAAAUUGGAUACCAAGAGGAAUAGCUCCGAGACGAUUACGAGUGCGACGUUUGAGUAAAGCUCUAGCAGGCACGCCUGUUGUAUGUGUAUGUGUAUGUGUAUGUGUAUGUGUGUGUGUGU